UCGACGAUGUGAAGAAAGAGUAUGAUCGUGUGAACAAAGCGUUGGAUGAUGUGAACAAACUGACCACAUAUUCAAGCACGAAUUCCAAUUCCACUGACGCAAAAAAAAGAUACAUUUGAUGCAGCGAAAGACGUGUCCAUGCAAUCAACCACGACAUUUUGUGAUGUCAAAGGAGUUGACGAAGCCAAAGCUGAGCUCGAGGAUAUUGUACACUACCUAAGAAAUCCCAAGAAUUUCACGCGCCUUGGGGGCAAACUUCCAAAUGGUGUUUUGCUUGUUGGCCCACCGGGCACAGGGAAGACCAUGUUGGCAAAGGCUGUGGCUGGGGAAGCUGGUGUCCCGUUCUUUGCGUGCAGCGGCGGCGAUUUUGAGGAGAAAUAUGUUGGUGUUGGUCCUAAGAGAGUGAGAGAUCUCUUCGGUGCUGCAAAGGAGCGGUCCCCUUGCAUAAUAUUCAUCGAUGAGAUUGAUGCGGUUGUUGGAACCAGGAACUCAUAUGAUUCAAAGUCAUGUAGGCAGACCUUGAACCAGCUGCUUGUUGAGAUGGAUGGAUUCAAGCAGAAUGAUGGGAUCAUCAUUCUAGCGGCGACCAACUGCCCCGAGUCGCUAGAUAAAGCUGUUACUAGACCUGGGCGUUUUGACUGUCAUGUUCAGGUUCCUAAUCCAGAUUUUGAGGGCCGGCGGCAGAUCCUCGAGGGUUGUAUGUCAAAGGUCAAAGCCAAGGGUGUGGAUCUGAGGACCAUUGCGAGGGGGACACCAGGAUUCUCGGGUGCAGACCUUACAAACUUGGUGAAUGUUGCUGCUCUGAAGGCUACCAAGGAUGAGGCAGAAGCUGUUAUGAUGGAUCACAUCGAAUAUGCCAAGGACAAGAUCAUGAUGGGCAGUGAGCGCAAAUCGGCUGUGAUACCUGAAAACUGCAGGAAGAUGACUGCAUACCACGCGGGAGGGAGGGCCCUUGUUGCUAUCCACACAGAUGACGCUCGCCCUAUCUCACUAGCUACCAUUGUCCCGAGGGGGGGCACUCUCGGGAUGGUGACCCAGCUGCCAGAGGAAGAAGAUGUGUAUAAGUUCUCAAGGAAGAAGAUGCUGGCGCAAUUGGACAUCCUCAUGGGAGGCAAGGUGGCCGAGGAGCUUAUAUUUGGAGAGAGUGAGGUGAGCUCUGGUGCCUUGUCUGAUCUAAGAGAGGCGACUCAGCUGGCGACAGACAUGGUCACCAAGUAUGGCAUGAGCCAGCAGAUCGGCCCUGUUUGCUACGGCAACAACAAUGAUGGGAAGCAGACGACAACCUUGAGCUGGCAAGCGACAACCCUGGUUGAUGAGGAGGUGAAAGAUUUACUGGUCAAGGCACGCAAGAACGCGAAAGAGAUUAUCACGACGCACUGCAAGGAGCUUAAUGUGCUAGCCGACGCCCUUCUCGAGCACGGAACUCUCACCGGAGACCAGAUCAAGCAGUUUGUAAAUGGUCUUGAAAUUGAUAGCGCGCAGAACGAGGAAACACCUUCGUCAUCCUAA